UAAACCCUUAGCCGGCUUUCCUCUGUUUCCGCCGCCUCACACAACCGGCCCGAUCCUCCCGUCCCCUCCUUCGCUUCCACUGUUAGAAUCUAACGGAAACUUCUCAAAUCUUUGUCUGAAAUCCAAUCAGUUGGGUAUGCCCUCUUCUUCACAACUCACUGCUCUGCUCAAGAGGAUUCUUCUUCCUUCAAGCCCUUGGAAACUUCCAAUCAAGAACCGUCUUGGAGUUGGAAUUCGAUCCUUCUCCUCCCUACCUUCGUCGAGUGCAAGUCAAAAAAGAUGGAGCUAUUUCUCAGAAGACGAUUCUGAGACUGAAACGAGUCUAGUGUACAACCAUGCCCUCAAGUUCCAACGCCCAUCCACCAUUAUUUACGGCGAGCAUUCUGUCAACAAUCGUCCCCUGAACCUGCAACGGCCAGUCCCCAGCGUAUACAAAAAGCAACCCACUAAUUCCGUUAGCUUGAUUGGAACAAUUUUGUAUCAAGCAAAGAGAAUGAAGACUCAUGAUCGAUUUGGGGUUUGCACAUUGCUCAAAGUCAAGACCUCUCCUCAAUCUACUAACACUUUUAGGAUUUUGUUGAAGAUGUGGGAAGAAAUGGCGGAGAUGGCCAUGCAUCAUCUGAAACCAAAUGAUUUUGUGUAUGUUUCGGGCAAUUUAAGAUCGUAUGUUAAGGCUGACCGAAAUGGUGAUCCCAGGAUUUGGUACGAGGUUAUUGUUAGGGAAUUAAAUUAUGUUGCACAGCAUGGAGAAAAGCCAAUAAUUCAACAAGGUCAGAAGUUAGAUUUACAAGCUUCAGGUGAAGAUUAUUCAGAGAGACAAAGAAACCGGUUACAUUUAUGGCAAGUGUUCUUUGCUAAUCCUUGUGAGUGGAUGGAUUUCCGGAAGAGCAAGCCAAACCAUAAACAUCCAGAUUUCAAACAUGUUAGUACUGGUGAAGCUCUUUGGCUUAAUCCCGACGAUCCACCAUGGAUAAGAAAACAACUCCAGUUUGUUGAUUCUGUAUCUGCAGGAUGCAGUCCAGGGGACUCAAGUUCCACAUCUUUCAGGCCCCUUCUUACUAAUGAUGUCACUGAGUAACUUAUAGAAGCUAGUAGAGGAGAAAAAAUCAAGUAUGUCGCUUAUGUGGAAAAGAAGCUGGUAGAUGAAAGUUACCUAGAAACAAUUUGCAAUCAUUCUGCUUUCUGACAUGACUAUUAGAUUUUUUUAAUAUAGAGGAAAGGGUUCAUGGAUGUUGGAAGCAUAAGCAUAUGUAUUUCUGUGCUGAAUCUGGACCUAAUAAGGUCUUGCAGCGUUGAGCUAAAAAGAUUUAUUGGCAAUUUCUUUGAGCCUGCUUCUUGUGUAUUAAAUUGUAUAGACAUGAGGUUCAAUAGCUUACAUUGUUUUGUUAGGCUGUGCCAGUUUUGGUCA